AUGGAAUACCUAAGACUGGACCGAAUCUCUCCACUUGAAAGCGAGUUUCUUUCCACUUUGAAUACUCUCUCAGUCUUUUUAUGCACGGUUACUUCCUGUGUAUUUGCCAAAGAUAAAAUUGUUAGCGGCAGCGAUGAUCGUACAGUUAAGGUAUGGGAUUUAAAAAACAUGCGAUCACCAUCCGCAACUAUGAGAUUAGAUUCUGCUGUUAAUAAACUUUCAGUUUCAAAUAACGUUAUUGCUAUUCCACACGAUAAUCGUCAUAUACGAUUAUACGACCUAAAUGGCAAUCGCAUAGCUCGCCUUCCACGCAGCAAUGGUCAAGGUCAUAAACGGAUGGUAUGUUGUACAGCUUGGUGCGAAGAUGACAAUGCGCCCUGUAAUCUAUUUUCUGCAGGCUUUGACCGCAAAGUUAUUGGCUGGAAUAUCGAUAUGCAAAACGGCAACUCAUGA